GAGUUGGACCUCUCGCUUCCUCUCUGGUGUAGCCACAGAUAGAGAACAUCUCUGGUGCGGCUGUCUGACGCCGGUCGGCCAUUUUGGGAAGGUUUGUUCAACGACGAGCUGCUAGCUACCGACAACACCGACGAAUACAUAAAAGGAACUGAAUAACAAAAAAAUACGUUUAAAAAAAAAAACUUUACUUUAAAAAAACAAAACAUCGUUCAAUAUGGGUCCACCAGGAGACAACCCACGUCGUGUGUCCUCUGAAAGAACGGAGGAUUUCAGUUGGUUUGUCAAUUUAUCUUGACAUGGCAUGUAAAGGUUAGUUAGUGGUUGUGACGACUGAAGGAAAAGCACGAAAAAAAAAAACCCCAGCGCAGAUAAAUAGUUAAUAAUUCAACUUCAACGGGGUGAAAGAAAUUAUUAUUAUUAUUUUAUUUUUUUCGAAAAACACGUUUGUUUGUCUGUAUAAAAAAAAAAAAAAAAUUGUUGUAAAAAUCUAGUCGGUUCUCUCUACGGGAAUACUAACCAGCAUGAUGAUAUUGAAGCAAAAUGUCAUUUAAAAUGCCGAGAUACAACAGUUAGGUAGUCAAGCGGACAAGUCAUUCCACAUUAAACACCAAACAAGCCAGACAGAAACUCAGCGGAAAUGUAAAACGAAACAUGGGACUUGUCAGCUAACUUAACCCGCACGACUAUAGGCCUCCAAUUACAUCCAACUAAUAAAAAUGAUGUAGCUAGUUAGUUGACCCACUAACUAGUUAGUGUUGAAAGUGUAUGCUGCUUAGUCUUAACUAGUUCACGUUUAACUUUGUCAACUAAAAAAUAGUCACGCUAUGAGUAUCGACAACGGAAGUAAACAAGGCCGCGGACCAGUUCAAUGGCAUUAAAAAACACCCCGGGAGAUGUUAAAAUACUCUGUAAACUUCAAUGUUUUAACUUGGUGCCAUCGGCUUCUGGCAUCCACAUUGACUUGUCAUGAUGCUUUUCUAUAUAUGUCCCUCAGUUAUUCAGGAACACGUUCAUAACGCGGUCUCUGCCGAGAAAUAAACACAAACAAAACGGCGUCAAUCAUGGACGAAGCUUUGAGUUUGAGAAGACACGAAUAAAAUUGUCUUUUAGUUUUGUGUAGUAAUCUCCUAUUUCACUAGCGAGAAGUAGUGUCGGUAUGGGUUUGGGAAAUGGCUAUCCUUUCUGUUAGUAGUUGUUGUCAGUAACCUAAAGGAAAAGGUGUACUUCUCAUUUUUAAUUUGCUCAUUUGUUUUCACUAGGCAAAUGUGUUAGAAUUAAAGUUCAUUUGGUCUGUAUUCAAAUGUCAUACUUUUAAUCACAGCAUGGCUUCUUGAGUAAUUACUAAAACAAAUGUAGCCAAAUAUUGAUUCAAGAACCCCCGCUCCCCCUCCUGAGCAUAAACUAUUUUAAAUAAACAAAAUGACAUAGCUUGCUAUUUCAUUUGUUUCCUCCUUAAGUUGGUAGUUAUUUCAAAAGAGCUAGUGUAGAAUAAUUUAGAUUUCUCGUUCUGUAAAAGGUAGCUAACGAGCUACAUAUAGACAACUCGAAAGUAUAGUCAAAAAUAUUCUGUAAUUAGGGAAGACACCUAGCAUCAAAAUCUAAUCAUGGGGGACCCAACCUGGAGAAGAAACCAAACUAGAGAUCGACUCCGUGCUCAGAUUCGAAAGAAAAGGGAAUCUUUGGCAGACCAGUUUGACUUCAAGAUCUACAUAGCCUUUGUGUUCAAGGACAAGAAGAAGAAGUCUGCUCUGUUCGAGGUAGCUGAAGUGGUACCAGUGAUGACCAACAACUAUGAAGACAACAUCCUGAAAGGUGUGCAGGCUUCCAGCUACUCCCUCCAGAGUUCCAUGGAACUUCUGCAGAAAGAUGUCGUGCAGUUGCACGCCCCACGCUACCAAUCAAUGCGCAGGGAUGUCAUAGGAUGCACCCAGGAGAUGGACUUCAUCCUGUGGCCGCGCAACGACAUAGAGAAGAUAGUCUGUCUCUUGUUCUCCAGAUGGAAGGGGGCCGAGGAAGAACCCUUCAGGCCUGUUCAGGCCAAGUUUGAGUUUCAUCAUGGAGACUACGAGAAGCAGUUGUUGCACGCUAUCGGCCGGAGGGACAAGGCUGGUAUGGUUAUGAACAACCCGACUCAGUCGGUCUUCCUCUUUAUGGACCGACAGCACUUACAGACUCCUAAAACCAAGGCCACAGUUUUUAAGUUGUGCAGCCUUUGCCUGUACCUGCCCCAGGACCAGCUAACGUGCUGGGGCGUUGGAGACAUCGAAGACCAUCUCCUCCCGUACAUGCCCGACUAGGCCCAGCCGGCCUCCAUGGCUUCCACCCACAACACAAGGAAGACUUAACCCCUAAGCCACUGAAGCAAGUUGAUCUCAUCCACCACACAUCCUUCCUUCCAUUGAAUAGAACUGCUGCUUGGGUCUCUUGUUUGUUAAGUUUUUCCAUCGUCCUGAAGCUAAUUUUAAAAAAUAAAUAAAAAUCUGUAUUUUGUUUUUCCUUACCUACCAAGCUUCCUCCUCCUAGCAGUUUUUGGAUUGGUUCUACCUUUUUAUCCACCCUCCCUCCACCAUCCAUCUUGUUGUUUCUGUUUAUUUUGAACCUGCACGAACAUUGAUUUUGAGUGGUUGGUUAUCUCCCCCCCAUCCCCAUGGAGCCGCACUGUCAACGACACAGAGCAGGAACUCUUCAUGUUGCUACCAAGCAGGAUCAAAAGCCAUCACAGGUUGUUUUUAUUACGAUGUUCACAGGGGUCCUCUGUCUCUGCUGGACACAUUGUAAACCAUGUCAUAACAGAUUGGAAAAGCUUCUAUCAUUUCAAAAUCUUGGGUUAGAUGGAAAACAUACCUGGGGAGGAAGAGGGGGGGGUGUUCUAGAAGGACUAGCUACCAUCUAUGACGGGUCAGCCUAGAUAAAAGCUUGGGUUAGAGGGAAACAUACCUGGGGAGGAAGAGGGGGGGGGUGCUCUAGAAGGACUAGCUACCAUCUAUGACGGGUCAGCCUAGGUGGCGUUAAAACGUCCCCUGUAAAGCGAAGAUAAAAGGUGAAGGAGUGUUUGUCAAAUCAUUUGGUGUAGGUAUUUCCAUAUUUUUUUUUUAUAUAUAUAUAUAUUUUUUUUAAGCCACACUUGUUUAAUGUUGGCUGGUUAUUUCCUUUCUGGGUUCAUUUCCUUUUCCUGUGAAAUAUACCAGGAACACCGUUGGUCUGAUCUGGAGUUGGGAACUGAUGGGAGGAAGUUGUCAAGACAGACGGUGAAUCGCAUGGUGUUUUAUUGUGUUGGAAGGUUGUUAUCACGCAAAGCCAUUCGAGCUACUGAAAUGUGAUGUUUGUUUCUAGGGUGGGGGUUGGCAUGGGUGUUGUUUGUUUCUGGGUGGGGGUUGGCAUGGGUGUUGUUUGUUUCUGGGUGGGGGUUGGCAUGGGUGUUGUUUGUUUCUGGGUGGGGGUUGGCAUGGGUGUUGUUUGCAGAAUGAAUGUACCUAACAACGGAACAGGUUGUGGAGUUAAUUAAAUGGGACCGUCACCUGUUUAUAUUCCUUUAAUUCGAUAGUAUCCCAAAGGGGACUAAUUGUUGCAGUGCUUAUAAAAUGUAAAAUGGGGGGUGGUUUUUGUUUUGUUGUUGCUUGCUUUGCUGGGGGGGAAAAUCAGUCAGUACAUUUAAUUGAGGGUUUUCUUUGUUGAUUCAAUAUGUUCUAUUUUAAAAGGUUAUUUGAGUCUAUUCUUCCUUUUUUUUUUUUUUUAAUUUUUUAAAUGCAUCUAGAAAUCAACACGGCUGAACAAAUCCCAAUACAAUGUAACAUUUGAAAGUA